AUGACGCCUGCGUUUUGGUUUGAUGAAUGGAAGGCGUACGCAGGUCUGUUUGAUGGACACUCGUCGUCUACCCUCCCUGGUGCUAUUGAUAACGGUCCGCUGGUGGUCGACAUCGACGCAGAGACACCCGAGCUGAAGGAGAGGCUGCUGGACGGGACCGAUUACGAGCUUAUUCCCGCACCGGGCUACGAUCAGCUGGUGGCGUGGUACGGCGGCGGCCCGCGGAUUACCCGCCACGUCAUUGCUCUCGGUGUCUCGUCGCAGCUCGUCUGCGAGGUCUAUCCACUCAAGCUUCGCCUUGUCCUCGCACCGGACCUCGCGACCGACGCUGUUGUUCUCCACCUCUCCAAGCUCGCCACCAUUGCCGACCUCCGUGCCGCCAUCAUUGACGCUCUCGAUCUCGACGUCGAUAACGACCAUGUCCUUCACUGCCAUAACUUUUUUGGCGACGUGGCAGCCGAGGAUUUGCUCGAUCCGGCGUCAUCGGAUCUCGCCGAGAGUCACACCCUCGAUCGUGCAUGCCUUGUUCACGGGCAGAAACUGCUGAUCUCGCUUGUGCCGGUCGACGGCGGCGUGGCCUCUGCGUCAGACUCGGACUCGAUCGUGGCGCUCGUCUCCGACUCGGACUCAGACAGCGGCGCCGACGGGUGGAACAUGUUCCCGCCGACCACCUCGCAGUGGUCGUACAGCCCCGGCGGUGUCGCUCGCCGGGCGCGACCGCUCGGUACUGCCGGCGUCGAGCGCAUCGGCGCCGUCCCGGGCGUCUGCGGGCUCUCCAACCUUGGCAACACGUGCUUCAUGAACUCGGGCCUGCAGUGCAUCACCCACGCACCGCAGCUCGUUGAGUACCUCCUUGCCGACAAGCACGUGCCAGAGAUCAACCGUGACAAUCCGCUCGGCAUGUCCGGCGAGGUCGCCGACGAGUUUGUCGCCCUCCUCAAGCUCAUGUGGUCGGGCAAUUACGCCUCGGUCGCCCCGCGCUCGUUCAAGUACACUAUUGGUCGCUUUGCGCCGCGCUUUGUCGGCUUUGGCCAGCAGGACUCGCAAGAGCUCAUCGCCUUUCUCCUUGAUGGCCUCCACGAGGAUCUCAACCGCAUCCUCGACAAACCGCUCGUCCCGGUUGUCGAGGCUGCCGGCCGCCCCGACGAUGUUGUCGCCAGCGAGGCCUGGACCGGCCAUCUCCGCCGCAACGACUCGGUCAUUGUCGACCUCUUCCAGGGCCAGCUCAAGUCGCGCGUUGUCUGCCCCAUGCCCGACUGCGGCAAGGUCUCGGUCACCUUUGACCCGUUCAUGUACCUCUCCGUCCCGGUUCCCGACGGCGGCCCGCGCCAGCUCACCGUCCGAGUCGUGCUUGCCGACCCGACCGCCAAGCACGUCAUCGCCAAGAUCUUCGCCGCCCCGGGCGACACUGUCGCCACACUCAAGUCCAAGGUCGCCUCGCUCGUGAGCUCGGACCCGCAUCGCCUCAUCCUCGUCGAGAUCUAUGACCACAAGCUUUACAAGACCUUUGAUUCGGACUACGAGGCCCUCGCAGACAUCCUUGACGAGGACGUCCUCGUUGCUUACGAGAUCCCAAAGGCUCUUGCGACUCUCCCGCCGUACAACCCGGCCCUCGCCCAGCCUACUUUUCCUGCACCCACCGACGCCACGGCCCCGCCCGAUGAGGCGCCAGCUGCUUCGGACUCGGACUCCGACUCUUCCAACACCGCCGCACUCAAGGCCAACGCCGAUGCUGCCAACUUGCCGCCGACCACCGGCUCGGCGCUGCCGCUCUCCGAUCCCCGCUGCCCGUACAUGGCGUUUCCCAUUUCGCACACCAAGCUGGAGUUCCGGGCCCCGCGUUCGGCCUUCUACCGUGCCUCGCGCAAGCCCGUGCUCACCCAGGUCGCCUUUGGCGUCCCCUCGCUCGUCUUUCUCGCCAAGCCUGUAGCCAACCAGGCCGCUGUGGAGGAAGCACUUCUCGACAGCCUCGCCCGCUACGUCUCGCGCCCGACUGACGACGACCUGGCCGCCGCAGGCCUCGUCGGCGAUUCCGAAGAGCGAGCUGCCCGCAAGGCCGAGCGCAAGGCCGCCCGUCGCGCCGCCGCCAAGGCCGCCCGCACCAAGCGCCGCGCCGCGCACAGGGUCAAGAAGAUCCAGGUUGCCGAGCGAACCAAGAAGAAGAACGCGGCCAAGGCCGCUGUCCGCGAGGUGGUCGCGGCUGCCAGGGCCGCUGCGCGCGGAGCAGGCGUCGACGCCCUCGAUUCGUCCGAUACCGACGACUCAGACCUUGACACGCCCAGCAUCUCCGGCUCGACGCUCUCGUCCCUCUCGGACACGCUCUCGACCUCGGGCUCGACCGAGAUCGACUCGUCCGACUCGUCCGACUCGGACGUCGAUUGGGCCACGCUUGGGGUGCCUGAGGAGACGCCGACCAAGCUUGUCCAUCUCGGCCCGGAUGGCCGCGGCCCGUCGGUUGACUCGUACAUCCGCGGUCGAGUUUCGGCCGCCGCCGAGACCACCUUUGUCGCCACGUGGAAUGCCAAGCUCCUUGACGCAUGCUACGACACGGCUGGCGCCGAUGCCUGCCGCGCCGUCACCGAGCUCCCACCCAAGGCCGACGACGAAGCUCCCAACGUACUCUCGUGCCUCCGCAAGUUUACCAAGGAAGAGCAGCUGGGCGAGGAAGACCUGUGGUACUGCCCAGACUGUGAGACCUUCCGGCAGGCGACGAAGAAGUUUGACCUCUAUUCGCUCCCGGACGUUCUGGUCAUUCAUCUCAAGCGGUUCCGUCAGUCGCGCUACUCGCGCGAGAAGAUCGACGUCCUCAUUGACUUUCCGCUCGAGGGCCUCGACCUCGGCGAGUUCCUCCCCGAGUCGGCCGCCGAGCAGGUAGCCGGGGCCACCGUCUACGAUCUCUUUGCUGUCUCGGACCACUUUGGCGGCCUCGGCGGAGGCCACUACACGGCCCACGCCAAGAACCACCAGACCGGCCGCUGGCACUACUUUAACGACUCGUCCACCUCGGUUGUUGUCGGCGAUGACGACGUCGUCUCUGCUGCUGCCUACCUGCUCUUCUACCAGCGCCGCGGCGCAGAACUUCACGUCCCCAACAAGCCGCCGGUCCGCCCGCCGCCGGCCUCUGACGACGGCGCAUCGUCCGCAUCCUCGGAUCGCACCCGCGGCGAGCCCGAGGCAUUGGACGAUGACCCAACCGCGUCGGGUGCCGAGCCGUUUGAUCUUGACGGCUCAGACGCAGCGUUCUACCGAGUGUAGUGCCCGUCGCAGACCGCUGGCGGACUUGUUGCCGUGGGCGUCUCGGCUCCGUCCGCACGCCGCGGCAGAGCACACGAGUUUACACACCGAUGGGGAUCCACUUCUUUGGAUCGGUGGCGUACGUGAUGUCCUUGGGCGAGACAAACACCCCAUGACCAGACUUGCACUUGAAGUACCGGUAGCCAUAGACCGAACCGUCGUGCUUGCCCACAGGCUUCAUAAGCUCAAC